GGCAUCCCCUCUUUUUUAUGCACCAUUCCGAUUUGAAAUCAGUUGGUUCGUUUGCACGUGUUUGGAGAUCGGUUUAAAAUAAGAUAUUUAACUACAUUUAACAGCUAAUAAGUGUCUACUUGCACCAUGGAAGAGGACGUUGGCGUUAAAGUAACAGUAACAAGAUUGAGACGGCGGCUGUCUGUAGAACAAUCUGAAGAUGGUGGGUCCCCAACACCCUCAACACCAACCAAGAAGCGUGGGGGGCGGCUGGCAGCCAAACCACAACUGGAACUCAUUGAAGAAAAUGACCAAGUGAGCAGACCCAGAAAGACCAGAAGGAAGUCCUUAGCUACAGACGCUGAAGAGAAGCCAAUCACACCAUCAAGGAGGAGUGCCAGAAUCAAGUCCAACAGCAGCAUUGUGUCAGAAACACUGUCUGUGACAGGAACAGACUCUCCUAGAGCCAAAAGAGCCGCCCGGAGGAACUCACAAGCUGGAAGUGAUAAUGAUGGCCCGGCAACUCCCGUCAGGCAGACUAGGAGAACUAGAAAAGAUUCCACUUCGAGCGUAGAAGCUUUGGGUACGAUAUCCGUCCCGUCCCCGCGGUGUUGGCCAGACAUCAUCGGGGUGGCGGGACCGGAUGAAGUAAUACUGCCGUUGGCGGCGGAAACCAGCAGCCAUGAAGAGACCAGCACCCUGAUCAAACCACUGCCAGUAGCAGAAAUGGUAAUUGAAGAAGAACCAGAGAAUGAAGUCCAAAAAAUAGUUAACAAAUCUGAGUCUUCACUUUCUGCUGCUGAUACUGAGGAAUUGUCCCCCAACAGUGCAAGAAAGAGUAAACGACUUUUAGAAAAAAGAAAUAGAAGAAGUGGAUCAUAUAAAACGGAACAGGACUCAGGUACUGUAGAAAACAAAAGCUUAAACAUUUCUACUGUAAAUAAGGAAGCUCAAAUAGAAUCCCAAGAUAGUCCAUCAAAUAAAUCGGUUAAAUCCAAAGAAUCGACUGACGAUCUUUCCGAGUCCAACAUGAGUUUGUUGAAAAAAAUUGAGACUGAGACAAAAAUAAAUAAAUCAAAUCACAACAAAAGCACAUCAGCUUUAGAUACGGCUGUAAAUGAUACGAGUAAGAGAACUAGAACAGAAUCAUGGCCAGCAGUCACAGCAUCUGUCGAAAAUAAUAAUAUUUCUCUCAGUGACAAUGAACUCUCUAAGAAAAGCAAAGGAAAAUCAAGUAGAAAUAGUUCCGGAUUUACUGUAACAGAUAGCCCUAAUAUUGACAAAUCCAAUACAUCCAUAACUGAAAAAAAUAUUUCACACUCAUUUUUAGACACAUCUUCAAAAAGAAAGAAAAAGAAAGGAGACGCUAAUAUUGAAAAUAACUCGAAACCCUCUGAAGUGCUGACACCGAAAAAAGAUAGCAUUAGUAACAAAGAUAUUGCAAGUCAGAAACCUGACAGUGGUGAUGUUACCCGUGAUAUGGCAAAGUUAUUUGAAGAUACGCCUGGCAAUGUGCAGGCCACCGUAUAUUUCGAAGAUUCAGACUCGAACAGUGUUGGCGCCGCAACUUUUACCAAAAUUGAACAUUUAGAUAGUGAAGAUCAAUGUGUCCCUGAAGUAAAACACGAUUUCCAAGAAAAAAUGCCACCUAAAGAACUUAAUGAAAAUGAUAAUAUUAUUCUACCAAAUCAAGUUACUAUAGAAAAUGUUUGUGCUGAGAUAAGUAUCCCGAAAAUAAUUAGUGAUGAUGUUAACAACAGUUGUGAGCCAAUGGAUAUUGAUGAAACCAUUCAUGAAGAAAUUUUACAGAAAUCUUUGGAUAUAACACAACAGUCUAAUAAAUCAAUCAAAUUGUCACAGAAUAGUAUUAUAGAAGAAACUAAUAGCUCCAAAAGAAAAUCAUCAAUUUCAAACUCUGGUGUAAAUACUCCAAAUCUAUCGAAAGAUAACAAGAGAAAAACAUCAAUAUCCAACUCUGGUACAAACACUCCAGAUUUGUCUAAAAAUGAUAAGAGAAAAUCAUCAAUUUCAAACUCUGGCGUAAACACUCCAGAUCUAUCAAAAGAGGACAAGAGAAAAACCUCUAUAUCUAACUCUGGUACAAACACUCCAGAUUUGUCGAAAAAUGAUAAGAGAAAAUCAUCAAUUUCAAACUCUGGCGUAAACACUCCAGAUCUAUCAAAAGAGGACAAGAGAAAAACCUCUAUAUCUAACUCUGGUACAAACACUCCAGAUUUGUCGAAAAAUGAUAAGAGAAAAUCUUCCAUUUCAAGCUCUGGGACUGAUACUCCAGAUAAAACCAAAAAUGAUAAAAGAAAGUCAUCAAUUUCAAACCGUACUGCACACACUCCAGAUUUAUCUAAAAAUAAUACUAACAAUAAAAGCACUUUGAUACUAUCCCAAUUAAAAGACAUAUCUUCUACCUCGGAUAACGUCAAGUCACCUAAACAAGCAACAAAUGAAGAAUUAUCCAAAUCAGAUAUUACUGAAAAAAGUCAUAAUAAAAAAAUAUCUAAAGAUAAUCUUUCUUUGAAUGAUUUGAAAGGAACACCAAAGCAAAACUCUAUUCAAAAACUGACAAUGCAGACUAGUACUCCUAUUACUACACAACAGCUCGGCAUCAAAACAAAAAUAGAAGAACAAAAGCAAGAAGGCACAAAGAAAAAUAAAUCGAUUUUUUCCAAAUCGAUGAAUGAAACUGAUUCGUCAGAAGAGGACAGUGAUGAUGAUGAUUCUUAUGAACGUUCAGUUGACAAGAAUAAACACAUUGACGAUGAAGCUGAAGAAGCCAGUGAUGACUACGAAUCAGGGGACAGUCAAGAUGAAGAGGACAGAAGGUAUGAAGAAGAAAAUAAAAUUGUAGAACGAGGCGAAACUCUAACUUCCGAUGACGAUAUGUCUAAUGACACGGAUUAUGAAAAAGAUUCGUUUGUAGUAAGUUCAGAUGAAGAAGAUAAUGAGUUGCUUUCUGGUUCUGGAGAUGACCUUUCGAUGAGUGAUAAUGAACUGACAAUGAGCAAGAAAAGCAAAAAGAAGUUUAAUGAACGUAAAUUAAAAGAACAAAAGAAUGCAUCUAGACAAAUGUUUGAAUCACGCCACAAACUGAACUCUUCGGAUCGAAAAUCGCCGACUCCUAAGCCAAAGAAAAAUCGAAUGAGAAUAGACUCGUCUUUAUUAGCAUCUGAUGAAGAAGUAGUUGUUAAUCCUAAUAAAUCGAAUCGCAUGCGUUUGGAUUCUACUCUCAACGAAAGUGCCAAAAUGGAAGAUACCAAUGUGUCUCUGAACAAAAGCAACAAGUCUAAGCAAGCCCUUGAUUCCAGUGAAAGACAGAUAGACACUAAUGUAUCGCUCAAAAAAAACAAGUCUAUGAAUGAAUCUACUUGUAAUAAAAGUUCUACAGAUGAACAGGAAAUAACAGUAUGCAAUGACAGCACCAUAUACAAUGCGGAUCCUUUGCAAGUGCUUGUAAAACAAGAGCCUAAGACGCCACUAAAAGAUAUAAACAUCUCUGUUGUUCAGUUGACUGACCGGGAAGAAAUCGAAAAUGUACAGAUAACGGAAGGCAAUUCUAUUAUGAACCAAACUGGUACAGACCCGUUACAAGCUACAAUGGCUUGUGACGAUACUUCGGAUAGUAGUGAAAAUGAAGAGAUCUUGCAGAAUUACGACUCUGUACUCAAUGAACUAAACAAAGACAGCAAAACUAAAUUCAACAAAAAGAAUAUUUCCUUGAACAGUGACAAUACAACUAAAAGAAAUCAAGUUGAGCCAAUUAUAGGUCAAUUAAACUUAACCCACACUAAAAAAUCGAAGAACAAUAAGGAUAAUAUGGGAGAUGUUUUAGAUUCAAAAACAGUCAAAGAUUCAAAGGAAAAACAAGAAUCAGAAAAUGAAGACUCUUCCGAUUCAAUAGACCUACAGCUACUAUUUUCUGAAGACAAUUGUGGCAGUGAAGAUGAAGAGAAGUCGCAGCAAAACAAAGCAGAUGACGAUAGUAUGUUUAUCCCGCUUAAAAAAUCCCCUGGAGAAACAAAUAUUCGGGAAAGUAUUGGAAUGAACGCAUCCCAGCUAGAUACUACACUAAACGAAACUAUUAAAAAGAAAAAGAAUGGAAAAUCUUCGAUGGGACCAGCAGAAGCAGUUGAUGAGCCAGAUACUUUGAACACAUCUAAAAAUGUUAACAUUUCUAUGAAUGAAAGUGGAAAAAAGAAGAAAAAGAAACAUUCUAUGCCAGAGCCCGCUGAAGAACAAAGUCAAGAUUCUUUGAACAUCUCUAAAAACGUAAAUAUUUCUUUGAAUGAAAGUGGGAAAAAAAAGAAAAAGAAACAUAGUCUAUCAGAGCCUGCUGAAGAGGAAACUCAUGGUAUUUAUUAUAAAGACGACUAUACUUUGAACAACUCUAAAAAUGUUAACGUUUCUAUGAAUGAAAGUGGAAUAAAGAAGAAAAAGACACAUUCUAUGUCAGAGCCCGCUGAAGAGGAAACUCAAGAUACUUUGAAUAUAUCUAAAAAUGUUAACGUUUCUAUGAAUGAAAGUGGAAUUAAGAAGAAAAAGAAACAUUCUGCGUCAGAGCCCGCUGAAGAGGAAACACAAGAUACAUUGAACGUUUCUAAAACUGUUAGCAUUUCUGUGAAUGAAAGUGGUAUAAAGAAGAAAGAGAAAUAUUCUGUGUCAGAGCCUGCUCAAGAGGACACCAAAGAUAAUACUUUGAACAUCUCUAGAAAUGAGAGUGGAAAGAAGAAAAAGAAACAUUCUGUACCAGAGCCACCUGUAGAAGAAAAUCAAGUAGCUCCUGAAGCUGUAGACACUGAAAUUAGUGAAAAAAUGAAAAAGAAAAAGAAACACAAGUCUUCCUUAGCUACAGAACCUGAAAGUACUGACCUCUUUUUCAUAGAUACGACUGGAAACUUACUGGAUAGUAAAGAUGAAUGUGGCGAGCUUGACAAUCCGCUAUUAAAUAUUGUGUACAAUAGUAAAAAGAAAAAGAAGAAAAACAAGUUAAAUAUAGAUCGAAAUGAAACUGAACAAAAUGAAAACACAAUUGCAGAAUCAAAUCCACCUGUAACACCAAAGAACGAAAAGAAGAAAAAGAAACAAAAAUUAGAAGCUUUAGUUCGUGACGACGAUUCAGAUGGAGCGCCGGAUGAAGCCCCAUAUCGAAGUGAAAAAGCAUCCGAAAUGGAUUUGCAAAAUAUAGAAAGUGUUUGUGAAUCAGAAGACAGUGCCAAGAAAAAACAUAAAAAGAAGAAGAAGAAAUUAGCGUCCGCUUCGAAUCAAUCGGGUGAAAACAUUGCUUCUCACUCUAAGAAACGUAAGAGGAAGUCUUCUAAUGCGGAUAAUUCUCAAGAAUCUGCAGAUGUCCAAGAGAGCGUGGAAAUCGGAAAACAUAAUGAAUUGGUCGGCAGCAAUAAAAAACGUAAAAUCUCGCAUAAUGAAGAUAACAACACAUCAGGCUCCAGUGAAUCAAAAAAGGCGAAGAAAAAGAAAAAGAAAAAUCGUGAUGUUAAUUUCCAAGACACUGCAUCUACAUCAGAAACGACCGAAACACAAGUUAAGAAAAAUAAAAAGCGGAAACAUAGAGAUGACGACGGCGAUAACAAGCAGGCGAAGGUUAAAAAGAACAGUUCGUUCCAAGAAGUGCACGUACCGCGCCUUCCAAAUAGCAUCCUUCGGCAACUAGAUGACAAGCCCAGAAAGAUCGAGCCGCCAAGAGUUAUAGCUACAUCAAAUUUCAUUGUUGAAAAUGCCAGGCAAAAGAGAGCCAAACCCUCAAACUACUUGGAAGAGAGCAUUUACCUUGAUGAAAAGUCCCCGCUAACUAAAAAACAAAAACAACGCAUCAAAAAUCCUAAAGUGUUACCAUUUAUACCCACUGCAUCGAUAUCAGACAGUGGAUAUACAACAAAUUUCAAAAUUAACAAGCUGUCGCAAACUACGAGAUUUGAAGCAGAACCGGUCGUUUUUUCCAAAGAAACCUAUUUGCAAAAGAAUAAUAUUAAAAGAUUAGGAACUUAUGAUCGGUACAAAAAGCAAAUGCAUCAUAAAAUGUCUAAAUUUUAAUGACAAUAAAGUGCCAACACACAAUGCAGCAAUGGUCAUGUCAGUUCAGUCAUGCAGCGAACGCUGGCGUCGCGGUAUCUGCAAAUGUCGCAUGUUAUUAUUUAAUAUACCUAUUUAAGAAACAAAAUAAUUGAUUUUAUAAGAAAUUUUAUCAGUCGAUUGCACUCGGGCCCCAUAUCUCAUUAUCAUCUUGUCCAUUGUUGAAAACAACUUCAUUCUAUUUUUUUAUGUAUCAUGUGUGUCAUAAUCAUAAGGGCCCUACAUUCCAACUGUUUUUUUAACUGAAAUGAAUGAAAUGUAUAUUUAUAGCAUAGUUCUUAAAAAUUGUGUGCCUAUCUAUUAUAUAAGAGAAUAAUUAUCAUUUUGUUCAAAAGUAACCGUUGUUCCAACUUAGUAUCGUGAUCUUGAGUCUGUUAUCAUUAUUAGUUUGUAGAUUGAUCAUUUCUUUGGUUGACUUUUUGUUAUUUAAUGUUUGUAAUAAUAAUUGAAUUAUUGACUUUUAUGACGUAUGCCAUCGUAAUGCAAAAUUAAAUGACAAUACUACUUCAAAUCUCCCGCCAUCGGGAUUAAAGUUAUCUAUGAUGUCCGGUAGGUGGCGUAAGAGAGCAACUAAAAUGGUAUUGCCCAUGUGCUUUAACUCUUAGACUUAUUUGUUUUAAGUUUUCAUUAUUGUAUUGUAUCUUUGAAUAAAAAUGUUCUUUGGCAUUUAAUAAUUA